CUAACAAAGGGCAUUCUUGCAAUUUACCCCCAUAUACACCAACAAAGCUAAGAAAGUACAGUGGUGGCACGCAAUAGAGAGAGAGAGAUUUGCCCGAGACAAGUGCAAUCCUUUUGGGUCCAGUGCUCUUGGUUCGUGUUCCCAAAGACCAUCACACACUUUCGCCUCCUUGGGAUGUCCGCAACCAUCUCUCUCUACCUCUCUCUCUAUGACAUAUCACACUACUCUUUUUUAUUUUAUUUUUCUCAAUUUUUUUUUAAUCCUGUAUAUAUACCCCACCCAUGCAACAUCUCGCCUUGUACUUCAGAGCCUCAGCUCCCACGACCCUGUUUCUCUCUUUGUUUCUCUAAACAAGCCUCUCUAACCUUGCUUGAGUAUCUAGAAAUGGCAGAGCUAGACUACGAAACAAAACAUAACUCAACCUCUACACGCUUAAAACUAUUCGGCUUCAACGUCUCAGAAGAUGAAGAACAAAUAACCACUACAGACUCUCUCAAGUCAUCUUCUUGUAAUUCUCCUGAUGACUCCUCUUUUGCCACAGCUACAACGACAGUCCCAGCUACGGCUUCAGGAGACAGCAGAAAAUACGAGUGUCAAUACUGCUGUAGGGAAUUCGCAAACUCGCAAGCUCUUGGUGGCCAUCAAAACGCACACAAAAAAGAAAGACAGCAACUCAAACGAGCUCAAAUGCAAGCCACAAGAAACGCAGCUGCGGCUGCCGUUUCUUUUGGUAGAAACCCUAUGAUCUCUGCCUUUGCUCCUCCUCCGCAUCUCCUGGCCCAAGCAGCAGGCCAGGUUAUGGUCCCGGCGGCUUCUCCGUCGUGGGUUUACUUGCCACGGGCUGCAACACCGUUUCACGUUUCACAUGGGUGUGUGUUCCCUAGUGGAGUGAGUGGGAGGGGUGGAGGGGGCUUACCAUAUGGUGACAGUGUAGGAGAUUUUGGAUUAUCUACUAGUGCUAGUGGGCCACACCAACAACUGCAAAGUAGGACCCAUUUUAGCAGUGUAGUUAAUGAUCGUAAUGGGCCUACAUCAUUGAGUAGGUUCUCCGAAGGUGACAAUGGGCCCAACUUUGAUGAAAAACUGGGCUUGGACUUGCAUCUUAGUCUGGCUCCAGCUGGGCCAUGAUUUUUUAGGAGUGACCUGGAAUAUUAUUUUCCAGGUCGGAUAUUUGUACAUUUUCAAAUUUUAUUUAUUUAUUUUUGCGAUGAUUUAUUUCAUUAGAUCAGGAAUUACUUCUUCGUCUCCAUUUUGCUUUGCUAACCCGUUUAAUUUUACAACUGACUCGCUUCCUUUAGCAAAAUAUUUGUUUGUUCCUAACAAGCUUGUUAAUGGUGUAUACACCACAUUGUUGAUUUUAUCUGUGGACACGUCUAAGAAAUUUCCUUGAAGCCUCGAGGUCACAUUACAUUAGCUGUGACUUGUGAGACCAGGAAUCAUAGCUUUUCUGAUUGUCAUUACUUAGCGUGUAUUAGGGUUUUGUUUACUUAUCUUUUCAAUUUAAUUUUUCUAUUUUAUUUUGUACAAAUUCACCAUAGCA